AUGGUUGUAAAUGAACAUCAUUGUUAUACAAGUGAUGGUGUUCAUCUCCAGUCUUCCAUGGAAAACAUGUCCAACUAUGUGAAAAUAUUACCUUCCUUGGUUAUCGUCGUAGUAACUGAUCACUGGCAGGUUUUGUGUUUUGAUGAAAACUUGCAACUGCUUUGGACACAACAACUGCGUAACAUGUCUGGCACGGCCCACUCACAGUUCUACAUGAAAUCCAUGUCAGUUUUGGUGCUGCCGUUCUCUGUGAAGAAGUCUGACACAGGAAUGAUCAUUGUCGGUGGUAGCUAUGGACACAAAGUUCACAAGGAGGAACAUACAGACAAGAAUGAAACCUUGUCAGAACCAAAGUCUUCAGAACAGCAAGAUACUCUCACACAUUUCUCUACGUUUGCUCUGAAUGGGUUGGACGGAGCUAUUCGGUGGCACCAUCUUCCUGGUGAUUUCAGCGGUAAAAGAUCAGAGGCAAAGACAGGACAUCACUGGAAGUUAGCACUCCGAAAGAACGGUCUACAUAUUGGGGAACUCGGAUGGGACCAUUACAGAACGGACUUGAUUCAACAUUUGCCUCAUUCUUGGAACAACCUUAGAGAUACUAGGUUUGUUGCAGCACGGAUGGAAAAGCAGCUUGACGAUCAAAGCAAGGACAACACCGAGAGCCGGCCUCACCCGAUCCGAAGUGCUCUUGAAUCUGAACAUUUAGCUGGUUAUGCUCAUGGAGGCCAGCGUCCACACAACCCCAGUGACCACAUCCCUGAACCCAAUGCUGUGAUCAUCUACAACCAGUUUGGUAUUGAAGUGUUGAACUUGGUGUCGGGACGGCCUAUAACUAGACUGUCUCUGCCAGUAGAGGGAGCCACCUAUGUGAAUUUUGAUGGUGAUUUUAGCAUCGAAGCUGUUUCUUCUGGUGGUACUGGAGGUCGUAACCCAUGUUACAUUGAUGUCCACAGAUUUUACCCUGAGAAAGAGAGCAUAAAUCAGAUAGCUGUAUGCGUGACUAAAAGACUGUUUUGGUCCCGUUCUUGGAGUUACGAAGAAGAUGCUAACCGAUUUCUUGCUCCGAUAGUGGUGAAAAGUGUGGCCAAAAAAUCUGGUAUUCUUCAGCAUUUGAUGGGACACAGGUUACCGACCAAUAAAGUAGCCUAUGAUAUUGUGACCGUGUCCAGUUCUGGUAGAGUGACUUCUCAUUCUUCAGAUGGAGUCUACCAAUGGCAGACGCAGACUUCAUCGUCUUGGUUUGAAGAAGGUCGGGCUGCACUAAAGGAUAAAGUUUCAGACACAGAGCGCUGGACGGUUUAUACAAAAUCAUUCCUACCAAAUUAUCAGUCCCUCUCUCUGCAAGUCUAUGGGACCAAGGAUGCCCUCGUAUUUGCUGGGUGGAAACGGCUCACAUUGCUCGAUCUGAAGGAAGGUACCAUCCUUGCUUCUCAUUCCACACCUUGCCAUCCAACUGCUCCCCUUGUUAUUGGAGACUUUAACAACGAUGGAUGGAAAGAUAUAAUUCUCACAUGCAAAAUGGGGUACAUUGGUUUCUCCAUUGAGAAAAAGGCCAGCCACUUGUACACCCUGAUGUAUGCAACAACCGUUUUUCUCUCAAUCAUAGUGGUUACCUGGUUAUUACAUGCUGAAGAUCAGGUACCUGAAGAUGUUGACUGAAAGGUGUGCAAGGCAGAGUGUACAUCACAGUUGAGUCUUUUUUUUUUUAGCUCCAUUGAUUGAUCAAUUGUGCAAGAGAGAUUUGAAAUGGUAUUCUUCUGAAGCUAAGUUUCUCCAAAGCUGUAGCUAUGACAACAAUAUCAACGACAUCAUCUGUGAAAUCAGACAAUAUAAGUAGUACAAGUUCAUACUCAGAAGAAGUCGAACUUAACUCCAGCAGAUGAAUCCAACAAUUCUGAUAAUCACAACAUAUAAGCCAACACAGAAUUAUUUAGUUCAAUUAAUAUAACAUAUUUCUCACACAGUCUAUCAUAGGUGAUACAAGUCCAAGCUCUUUAUUGUAAAGGUGUAAUUUGCACAGCAAAAGCAGUACGUAUUUCGCAGUGAUAGGAGAGUCUGCUGCAGGCAGUCAGUGCAGUUUAUUCUUUUGGAACUGUUAUGUAAUAUCAGUUAAGUUGUUUUUUUCUCUUCUAGCUGGUGCUGAAAAUAUAAAAUGAAAAUAAUUUAACCAUUUUGUGACAAUAUUUCUAAGGAAAUAUUCAAAAUGUGUUUCAAUUAUUAUAAAAUUAAUUUGUAAUUUGUAGGGAUUCGCUAAAAUAACUUACCUUUUAUUAAGUUGGUGUUUGGAACAUAGCAAAAAAUGAUAUUAUGAAAGAAGGUUUUAAUUUAGAUAUGGACAGUUUUGUAUUAUAGAAUCUGGAAUUGUCUUAAGUGGGUCAGCACCAAAAGGAUGAAAUAGUUAAGGAACUCAGCAUAGAUAUGUAUUGUAGCAUAUGGAAUAAUUUAACAAAGUUGGUGUGAAUAUACUUUUUGGAUAAUCUAGGUCUACAUUUCAGUUAUUCUCAUGUUUGAUUUUGUUUGUCAUUAGACAGUGGUCAUGCUGGGGCUCUGCUAUCUUAACUUUUUAUUUAAAACUAUUUUACAACUUUUAUUUCUACAGUAGCACGAAUGGUGUUGACUUUCUGCAACAUUUCUAUUUGUAUACCUGAUGAAGUAAAUAACAUUCCAAGUUGACACCCAUCGUUUCACCUGUCACUAGGAAUAAUGGAUGAGUGCUACGUUGGCUGCAGCAAGAAUAGUAUUUAAUUUGCUUAAGAACACAGCAUAAUGGCUACAACAACAUUUGAACUUAUUUUUCGUAUUGCACUCUACAAAUACACAACAGCUUAUUGAAUUAUUUAGUGUGAUGGUUCAUUGUGUGAAGAAAUGGUAUUUUCAUUCUCUCACUGGCACUGUAUAUCAGAGUGCAAUAUGAACAUUGUUGUAUAAAUAAGUAUAAUAAGAGAGGCAUGUGCCAUUGUCUCGGAGUGCAUUGUGAACUUUGCUUUAUAAAUAAGUAUCAUAGGGAAGUAUAAGCUACUGCUGUAAGCAGUAUGGUAAUUGACAAAGGCUUGUUAGCUUGCUGUGCAGAGUUCAGAUCCAUUCAUAAGUUUUCAGAGGCGGCUGAUAUCACAGUUUAUUUGUAUUAUUAAAAUUGGUGCCUUUGUGACUAUUCUCUGAAUUCCAAGAAGAGUCAAACAGUUAACCUCUUGGGUAUUUUUUGUAAUUUUUUUUUUUACUGAGAGAAAAAAAAAUGCUGGUGAGUUUGAACUCUAGUCAAAGAGAUAUUUAAAUGUGUUAAUGACCAAAAUUUGACAGUAUGACCAAUUGAAUUGCUGAAAAUAUCUUUUGUCAUCGUUAAUUCAUAAUUGAGCAAAUUGUUCCAACAAUAUAUACAGGUGUCUGUCUGAAGAUUAGUCAACUCAUGCUGUAUACUAAAACAAAUUACACUGUCUAACACGA